UCUUAGUUCAAUAGUCGGUAAAAACAAACCACUUUCCCUUAUAAAAUUGUGUAUUCAAUUCUCGCCGAUGUAAGAAUUAUGUCGGGGAGCGAUAAGAAGCAUGUUAUGUUUUGUGGUGGUGACCGGAGCCGAACUCAUCGGAACUAACUUUUUGUAACAAAAGUGAGGCCAUCGAGCAAUCGCGGGCAAGAAAAACGCCAAAUCAAAGAUAGUUCCAUAACACUGCUAGCUUCUGCUACUCUCCACUCUUCUCCUAUCACACUUCUUCUUCUCUGAUCCUGAAUUCUGAUUUUCAAUUUUGUGUAAAAUGGCUUCAGCAAGCAGAAGAGGAGGAGGAGGAGGAGGAAGUGGUUCUGGCUCAGUAGUAGAGCGAGGAAAGGAGGAGGAGAAGUUGAAGAGAGGCGGCGGCGGCGGAGGAGGAGAAUCGGUUAUGAUGCGGAAAGCCAUCGCACAGUACACCGAAGACGCGAGGCUUCACGCCGUGUACGAGCAGUCCGGCGAGUCUUUUGACUACUCCCACUCGCUUCGUGUCACGGUGGAGUCCGUCCCGGAGCAGCAGAUAACCGCUUAUCUUGCUAGAAUUCAGCGCGGUGGUUACAUCCAGCCGUUUGGUUGCAUGAUCGCCGUUGACGACCCGUCCUUCCGCCUCCUUGCUUACUCCGAUAACGCCCGUGACAUGCUCGGGAUAACUCCGCAGUCGGUUCCUUCCAUUGAUGACGACUCGUCGUCUUCGUCGUUCGCGCUCGGCACCGAUGUUCGUUCCUUGUUCUCUCCCUCCUCCGCGGUGCUUCUCGACAAGGCGUUCGCCGCCCGUGAGAUCAGCCUCAUGAACCCUCUCUGGAUCCACUCUCGAACCUCCGGUAGGCCUUUCUACGGUAUCCUCCACCGCGUUGAUGUCGGUGUUGUUAUCGAUUUGGAGCCUGCUAGGUCAGACGACCCUGCGCUCUCCAUCGCCGGCGCCGUACAGUCUCAGAAGCUCGCCGUUCGCGCGAUCUCUCAGCUACAGUCGCUUCCCGGCGGUGAUGUGAAGCUACUAUGUGACGCGGUUGUGCAGAGUGUCCGGGAGCUUACUGGCUACGACAGGGUGAUGGUUUACAAGUUCCAUGAGGAUGAGCACGGCGAGGUUGUGGCGGAGAGCAAGAGGGCAGAUUUGGAGCCGUACAUGGGUUUGCAUUACCCUGCCACGGACAUCCCUCAGGCUUCGAGGUUUUUGUUCAAGCAGAAUAGGGUUAGGAUGAUUGUGGAUUGUCAUGCUAGUCCUGUGGGUGUGGUUCAGGAUGAGGCUCUGAUGCAGCCUCUGUGUCUGGUGGGGUCCACGCUCCGUGCUCCUCACGGUUGCCAUGCUCAGUACAUGGCCAACAUGGGUUCUAUCGCGUCGUUGGUGAUGGCGGUUAUCAUCAAUGGGAAUGAUGAUGACGCGGUUGGGGUUGGUGGCCGGAGCUCGAUGAGGCUGUGGGGGCUUGUUGUUUGUCACCACACCUCUGCUAGGUGUAUCCCUUUUCCGUUGAGGUAUGCUUGUGAGUUCCUCAUGCAGGCUUUUGGGCUGCAGCUGAACAUGGAGCUUCAGAUGGCGGCGCAGUCAUUGGAGAAGCGAGUUUUGAGGACGCAGACCCUGUUGUGUGACAUGCUUCUCAGGGACUCUCCUGCUGGGAUUGUUACUCAGAGUCCUAGUAUUAUGGACCUGGUUAAGUGUGAUGGCGCUGCGUUGUAUUGCCAAGGGAGCUACUACCCUUUGGGUGUCACCCCGAGUGAGUCUCAGAUAAGGGAUAUCAUUGAUUGGUUGUUGGCCUUUCAUGGUGAUUCCACGGGUUUGAGUACUGAUAGUUUGGCUGAUGCUGGGUACCCUGGGGCUUCUUCACUUGGGGAUGCGGUUUGUGGCAUGGCUGUUGCUUAUAUAACGGAGAAGGAUUUUCUUUUCUGGUUCAGAUCACACACGGCGAAGGAAAUAAAAUGGGGUGGUGCAAAGCAUCACCCGGAGGAUAAGGAUGAUGGGCAGCGGAUGCAUCCCCGUUCUUCCUUCAAGGCAUUUUUAGAAGUGGUGAAGAGCCGUAGUUCGCCGUGGGAUAAUGCGGAGAUGGAUGCAAUUCACUCUUUGCAGCUUAUCCUGCGGGACUCAUUCAAGGAGGAUGAACAUAGCGAUUCUAAGGCUGUUGUGAACACCCAUCUGGCUGAGCUAGAGUUGCAAGGGGUGGAUGAACUGAGUUCCGUGGCUAGAGAGAUGGUUAGGUUGAUAGAAACUGCCACUGCUCCCAUAUUUGCCGUUGAUGUUGAGGGCCACAUAAAUGGGUGGAAUGUAAAAGUUUCAGAAUUGACAGGUCUCCCAGUUGAAGAGGCAAUGGGGAAGUCCUUGGUUCGUGAUCUUGUGUAUAAGGAGUCUGAAGAAACUGUGGACAGGCUUCUUUCUCGUGCUUUAAAAGGUGAAGAAGAUAAGAAUGUUGAGAUAAAAUUGAGGACAUUUGGCCCAGAACAUCAAGAUAAGGCAGUUUAUGUAGUGGUGAAUGCUUGCUCCAGCAAGGAUUAUACAAAUAAUAUAGUUGGGGUGUGCUUUGUUGGUCAGGAUGUCACUGGUCAAAAAGUUGUAAUGGACAAAUUCAUUAACAUACAAGGUGACUAUAAAGCUAUUGUACACAGCCCAAAUCCACUGAUCCCUCCCAUUUUUGCAUCGGAUGAUAACACAUGUUGCUUAGAGUGGAACAAUGCCAUGGAAAAGCUCACUGGUUGGGGUCGUGCAGAUGUCAUUGGAAAAUUGUUAGUAGGAGAGGUUUUUGGCAGCUGCUGUCAGUUAAAGGGUUCAGAUGCUAUAACAAAGUUUAUGAUUGUCUUGCACAAUGCGCUUGGUGGACAAGAUACAGAUAAAUUCCCUUUUUCAUUUCUCGACCGGCAUGGAAAAUAUGUGCAAACUUUCUUGACUGCAAAUAAGAGGGUUAGCAUAGAUGGUCAGAUCAUUGGGGCUUUUUGCUUUUUGCAAAUUGUGAGUCCUGAACUUCAACAGGCUCUGAAGGUCCAGAAACAACAAGAGAAGAAUUGCUUUGCUAGGAUGAAAGAGUUAGCUUAUAUUUGUCAAGAAGUAAAAAAUCCCUUGAGCGGGAUACGCUUUACAAACUCUCUUUUGGAGGCUACAGGCUUGACGGAUGAGCAAAAACAGUUUCUUGAGACUAGUGCUGCUUGUGAGAAGCAAAUGUUAAAGAUAAUACGGGACGUUGAUCUGGAAAGCAUCGAGGAUGGGUCCCUGGAGCUUGAAAGGGGAGAAUUCUUGCUUGGGAAUGUCAUAAAUGCAGUAGUUAGUCAAGUAAUGGUCUUGCUAAGAGAAAGAAAUCUACAGUUGAUUCGUGAUAUUCCUGAAGAAAUCAAAACAUUGGCUGUUUAUGGUGAUCAGUUGAGGAUUCAACAAGUAUUGGCUGAUUUCUUAUCAAAUGUUGUGCGGUAUGCACCAUCUCCAGAUGGCUGGGUAGAGACUCAUGUAUACCCAAAAAUAAAGCAAAUUUCAGACGGGCUCACCCUUCUCCAUGCUGAAUUUCGGUUGGUAUGCCCUGGUGAAGGUCUUCCUUCUGAAUUGGUUCAAGACAUGUUUCAUAACAGUCGGUGGGUGACUCAAGAAGGCCUAGGGCUAUGCAUGAGCAGGAAGAUUCUGAAGUUAAUGAACGGCGAAGUCCAAUACAUCAGGGAGGCAGAACGGUGCUACUUCUUUGUUCUACUUGAACUACCGGUGACACGCAGAAGCUCUAAAGGUGUUAACUAGGUAUUUUGAAACUGUAAGAUUAAAGCUCAGGCAGCACCUCUCAUGUUGACUGAUAGAUAGAUUGCUGUGUCAUAUGCUCGGAUUACACUCACCAGACAAAGCAACAUAAGGUACAACCAUUAGAACAGACUGACCUGGCCAGUUAUCCCUGUCACAAUUAAUUCUUUCAAAUUUGGGUUGCUAUUUUUGCACCCUGACAAAACAUGUUCAGUGCGGCAAGAGUGGCUAGUUAAUCUGUACCUAAUUGUAACCUUAAAUCUUACUGAUAAACUAAUGGGAGAGUAGAUAAAGUGCUGUGUCACCGGUAUGUGUACAUCUUCAUGGCCAAGUGGAUUUACUGCAAAACAGUCCAGGCAAAGUGCUUACUGCAUUAGCAGCUGCAAUGGAAACUGCUCUUUGGAUUGAUCUGCAUUCAUCUCCUGCUCUGUUCUGAAAGUAACAGCUUACACCACUUGUUUCCAUGUUUACUAAUAAUUGUAUAAUCUCUAUCUGCAACAAUCCGCAUUGUUGCUUUUCUACUCCCCUGUCCCUACUUUACUCUUCCACCAUCACCUGUACAUUCCUUCCUUCUCUGUAAUAAAAGCUGGUUUAUCUUGUAUUUUUUUGGAACUUGGUGAAAGCUAGCCAUUUCUGAAUAACAAAUGAAUAUGCAUUUCUCUC